AUGCUAAAGGAGAUCAGAUGCUAUGUGAUGAGAACCAUAGAAAAUAACAAGAUGAAGUUGAUGGGCUAUCAGGGCUUUCUACCACCAGUGCAGAAAAGUAGAUUGGAGAAAGAGAAAGAGGCAGCCCAAAAAUGGACUGCUACAUGGUCAGGUCAAGAGUCCAGGUUUGAGGUGACCUGUUGGGGCCAAAGAGUGGUUGUUGAUUUAGCAGCUGGAACUUGCACAUGCAGGUGGUGGCAGCUGAAUGGCAUGCCUUGCUUCCAUGCAUGUGCUGCAAUUAGAUGGAAGCACGAAAGGCCUGGGAAUUAUGUUCAUGCAUGGUUGACAAUGGGUGCAUAUAGGAGCACAUAUGAGUUUGCUAUUCAGCCCACAAGAAGCCAACAGUAUUGGGAGCCACUCCUUAUGAGAAGCCUAUUCCACCAAACAUGA